UUAUGUGAGGACAGAGGACAUUCGAAAUUACCAAAAAGCCCAGAAGCCAGAAGAACUCAUGAACUGGCCCUAAGUCUUCUUAUGGACUGACUGACGCAGGCUGAGUCAGCCAGCCCAGCCGCAGUCCCUAGCUGCAAGCAAGCCUUGCGUUCUUCUUCAGCCGGCAAAUUCUGCCGACGGUGCUGUCAUUCUUCUUGGUUUUGACGUUACUUCUCCUGACGACAGCGAUGUCGGAAGUAGAGAAGGCACAAACGGCAGCCCCAGGUGGGGAUACAAUAUUUGGGAAGAUAAUACGGGGUGAAAUUCCAACUAAAUUCAUACACGAGGAUGAUCAGUGUGUGGCAUUCAAUGAUAUAUCACCUCAGGCACCAGUGCACUUUCUUGUGAUUCCCCGCAAGCCUAUUGACAUGAUCGAGAAUGCUGGAGAUGAAGAUGAAAAGCUACUUGGACAUUUGUUGUUGGUUGCCCGUAAAGUAGCAAAGGAGCAAGGACUCACCAAAGGCUACCGUCUUGUUGUCAACAAUGGACAGGAGGGUGCUCAGAGUGUGUAUCAUUUGCAUAUUCAUGUUAUGGGCGGCAGGCAGAUGAGAUGGCCACCUGGCUAACAACGUGAUAUUCAUUCACAAGCACUGAAUGAGAUUUUGUGUUUUGUUAUUGUGAUAAGAAGAAAAUGCUUGCUUCUUCCCAUGUUCAUUGCUCAGAACAUCUGACUAGAUGCCAUAUUGAUGCAUUGUAUACACUAUGAACCUUUUAUGAAAGUAUCCAGUAUUUGGCAUCAUGAUUCUAGUACUUGAUGAUUGAGGUUUUUUUUUUUAUUGUGCCUUUGACUUUGUCAGUAAUUGGAUAUCUCUUGCUUGUUAAUUGAUCAUUCCUGUGUAUCCUUGGAAUUUAAUGUGAAGAAUAAAGUUAAAAUUCA